GAUCAGUCUCAUUGCCCUUCUACUAUUUGUACUUAAAGCCUUAUACUACCCCUUUUUGUUUCCAAUCUAACUCUUAUCAAUGUCCCAACGGUAACGGUCGGCACCCUGAGAAUUGUUAUCCAAGUCCUCCUUGGAUUCUUGGCGUUCUUGACCGUAUUGGAUAAUACCCCUCGCCUCUCGCCAUCUUCAUAGCCUUUUCGUUUCCCUAGCUAUCUCUCGGUACUCUUUUUUUCUUGUUUUCUGGAUUUCGCUCUCUUCAAUGGCUACGCCUCUCCCUUCUUUUCGACCCGGGACGGUCCGGGUCUCCGAUUCUUCUACUAAGAAACCUGAGCAGAAUAUUCGAAAACCCGCAUCGGCCAACUGGUGGGCCCCGCUCUUUGGCUGGUCCUCCGAUCCGGACUACCUCGCUCCCACCGCCGGGCCAUCAAGUAUGGAGCCAGCCGUCUCGGAUCCGGAGUCAGAAACGGGCAGACUGAGGUCCAGGUUCGCGCUCGGAUGCUUCACCGAAGAGAAGGCGAGGCAGCUUCGAAGGAAGACCGUGGAGAGCUCUGCCUUUCACGAUGUAAUGUACCAUUCGUCGAUCGCGUCUCGUCUCGCCUCCGAUAUAUCGGAUUGGUCCGAGAAGUAGGUCUCCCUGGAGAUCCAGUAAGUUCCCUCCCAGCGCUCCCACCUACGGUUCUGGUCAAGAUCCAGGUUAAAUGGGCUUGCAAUGUGUCGGACUCGAAAUGAUAAGUAGAAAAAAAAAGCCUUUCAUUAAUUUUCCGUUUGAUAUUAUUAACGUUUGUAUCAUGUGUGUUGUGAGGUCAUGGACAAUCUGAAUCAAUGGUUAGUUUGCAAAUCGCGUGUA